CAAGGACACCCUUUCAGCCAGCUGCACUGUGCUACUAUACUGAACCCAACCAAAACAUGGAGUGUGAGCUCAAGAAUAUAGUACUGAGACCUGGAGAUCAACUGAAAAUACAGGGGAAAGUUCUCAGUGAUCCGGAGAGGUUCCAGAUUGAUCUUGGUGCUGAUAAAGAUAACCUGUCCCUGCACUUCAACCCACGCUUCAAAGAUGAUGUAGCGAUUGUCUGCAACUCCAAACAUGAAAGUGUCUGGGGUGACGAGGAAAGGCAUACCAACAACCCCUUUCAGCCAGGCACAACCGUGACGCUUAAAGUAAAGAUGACUGGCAACCUGUUUGAGGUGGAACUGCCCAAUGGAGAGGAGAUCCAAUUCCCUAAAAGAGAAGGCCUUGAUGUAAUCAGUUAUGUUAGGGUCAAAGGUGAUUUUAAGCUCACCUCUUUCAAGAUCUAUUGAGAUCUUUAUUUUAUAAUUUAUCCAGAUGCAUUUCACCUCUGACAUUGUGUCAUUUAAAUGCAUACAUCAAUAAAAGAUGCUUAAAAAACAAACAAACUAUGCACUGCCUAAAAGUCUGUGAAAAUAUACACUAAGUGAGUUGGAACAUGGCUGCAUGAUAUGCAUCACUAUUCUUUAAAUUCACCAGCAGCCUCUUGGCAUAUAAAAGCCUAUGACUUUCAUAACUCAUAGAACAGAUGUUUGGCCACAGAACUGCACAACACUGAACAUUGUAUGUUGUGCUUUUUGUAUGACAACCCUAGGACAUAUUUUAUAAAUCACUUUAGGUGUUACUACCUAAACAGUUAACCAGUUAAUGCCAGAUGGCUAUUCUGAUUAAACAACACAUGCAGAUACAGAGUAUCGGUCACCAUUUCAAGAAGGCUGGAGGGAACCGUGCGCCCUCUAGUGGUAUCUAAAGUGUUUUGCAGGUUGGCUAGAAAGUGACUGAAUUGUGUAACUUUUAUGGAACUGAACUGAACUUUUAUGGAAUGUCUCUGCUCAUUUUAGAGUAUCAAUAUUUAAGCACUGUUUGUAUGUUUCAAAGUAAAAAUUGGAAUGUAAUGUCCUCUAAAAUAAAAAAAAAGGUUGGUAGCUGUAGAAAAGGUGGGUAGGCACCAAUGUUUAGAAAAAAACGGUACUUCUCAGGAUUCCUAUAAUGGACAAUAAAGACUCAUGAUUUUAUUC